AAGUGGUGUUAUAGAGUUUCAUUCUCUGGCCAAAAAAACUAAAACGAAGAAGAAGAAGACCGGCUGCCCGUUUUCUCAUUUGUACAUGAAGUGCGCGUGAGAAAUGUAAAAAACAACCCCAUGGUCUAAAAGGUACCACAGCAGCGUACAAUGGCCGAUUUCGACUGGAAUGAACACAACCGACGCCAGGUUUUGGAAGGACGUCAAAUCCUGGAGCGCACUUCCGCUAGCUUGGCCCGAUCAAAUCAAAUUACCAUCGAAACUGAACAGACUGGUCACGAAGUCAUAUCAGAGCUGGAAGUCCAAAGAGAAUCUUUACUACGCAGUCAGAGAAGGUUGGAAAGUGCCAAUGAUGGGCUAUCGAAAUCGAGUUCAAUUUUGAGAGCGAUGCACAGGAAUGUGGUGUACAACAAGCUGAUCUUGAUAUUAAUCAUUGUAAUGGAGGUAAUCAUCCUUUCGGGAAUGAUUUAUCUGAAGUUUAUUCACUGAAAUUUACUUGUACAUCUUUUUGUUUAUACAUUCGUAUCAAUAUUCGAAACAAAACGAACGUUGGUUUUUAAUUCCUUCCUGAAAUUGUAUGAUUUGUAACCAAAGUUUUCAAUAAAUGUUAUAUUAAAAUAGGAAUAAAAUAUUUAAAAAACUGUUCAACUA